CAACUGGCGAGCGGUAAUGAGAUGGGAAGAUCAGAAAGGAGUUAAAGGAUACUUCAGAAAGCUAACUUUCCCUCAUUCACCAGUCGCCAUUAACAUUUUGCGAAAUCAAAUAAUGCAAUGAUGCUCCUCUCUCAUUGACACCUUUUCUAUCUAAUACCCACUCUUUUGCUUCGCUUCUACUCUCUCUCUCUCUCUCUCUCUCUCUCCCCCCUCUUGUAAGGGACGAAGCUGGUUUAUUUCUUCGCUCCUCUGGCUGAUUUUCUUGGAAAGCUGGUUCCCAUUCCUGGAAAAGCUCCAAUGGAAACUGGGUCGACUUCAAAAUCCCGAGUUAAGGCUGAGAGAGUGAAGGAUGGUGGUGCCACCAGACUUAGUUCUAUGCUUCAAAAGAUCGAGCCGUUUAUGCCAAGAAUCGAUCACAACCCGAACGAACUGAGAUCUUGGGCCAAGAGGACCGGCUUUGUCUCUGAUUACUCUGGAGGGACUCAGGCAAGUGCCAGUCAGAAGAAUGAUAGUGCUUUGUUUGAUUUGGAGAAGGGCCUUGAUUCUAUAAACGGCGGGUCUUCGCCGAAAAUAGAGAUCGACCCGGUUCUGGGCCGGACAAAGCCCAACCGGGGGAUUGAAAUCGAACCGGUGGUGAAAAAUGAGAGGGAUGGAACAGGGAGGGGUGAAGAUCAGAGUAGGAGGACUGGGGUUGAGGCUAAAGUCGAUGAGAGGAAAGUUGGUUCGAAUGGAAGUGUGUACCGUAAUGGGAAUGGGAAUGUGAAUGGAAAUGCGAAUGCGAAUGGAAAUGGCAACAGAAACGAAGUCCCAGUUGUUGCCCCAGCGGUUGAGCCAAAGAAAGACGAUAAUCUAGCUGAAAGAGAUGCGAAACUCGAUUUUCCUUAUGGUGAAGAACCUGCUCCAGGUGGGUGGCACAGGCCGUCCGGAAUGAAAUGUGGGCUCAGAGAAAAUCCUGGUUUUGUACCGUUGAUAUAUUAUGGCCUGCAGCACUAUCUAUCUUUGGCUGGUUCACUAAUAUUCAUCCCCUCGAUAAUUGUACCAGCCAUGGGUGGAACAGAUAAGGAUACCGCUACUGUGAUUUCAACAAUGCUGCUGGUUUCUGGCGUCACGACAAUACUGCACUCCUACUUUGGCACACGACUUCCUUUAGUUCAAGGGAGCUCGUAUGUAUAUCUGGCACCAGCAUUAGUAAUCAUGAAUGCUCGAGAGUAUCGUGAUCUUACUGAACACAAAUUCAGGCACAUAAUGAGGGAACUGCAAGGAGCAAUAAUCGUUGGUUCAAUAUUUCAGAGCAUUUUGGGAUACAGUGGCUUGAUGUCCCUUUUUUUAAGGUUUAUUAACCCAGUUGUGGUGGCACCAACUGUUGCCGCGGUAGGUCUAGCAUUUUUUAGUUAUGGGUUUCCAGAAGCUGGUAGUUGUGUGGAAAUCAGCAUUCCACAGAUACUCUUGCUUCUUAUAUUUACCCUGUACCUUCGUGGAAUAUCCAUCUUUGGGCAUCGUGUAUUUCGAAUUUAUGCGUUGGUAUUAGAGCUUCCAUCGGCACAACACAUUCUACCUGAAGAUUUGUGGGACCACAUUAUGGGGACAAUUUUAAAUACAGUUCCAUUGAGCAUUAUGAUUAUAUGGACAUAUGCAUUCUUUUUGACAGCAGGAGGAGCAUACAAUUACAAAGGCUGCAGUCCUGACAUACCCAGUUCCAACAUCUUAAUUGAUGCAUGUAGAAAGCAUGCAUACACCAUGAAGCAUUGCAGAACUGAUGUUUCAAAUGCAUGGAGAGCUGCUGCGUGGGUUAGAAUCCCCUACCCUUUGCAGUGGGGUAUUCCCAUCUUCCAUUUAAGGACUUCCAUGAUCAUGAUCAUAGUGUCACUUGUUGCGUCGGUGGAUUCGGUAGGAACAUAUCACUCUGCUUCUGUGCGGGUUAUUUCCAAGCCUCCAUCUCCAGGAAUUGUGAGUAGAGGAAUUGCAAUGGAGGGCUUCUGCAGUAUAUUGGCUGGACUUUGGGGUACUGGAACUGGAUCAACAACCUUGACAGAAAAUGUCCAUACCAUUGACAUAACAAAGGUGGCAAGUCGAAGGGCAGUCGAAGUUGGUGCAGUUUUCUUGAUCCUCUUCUCAUUCGUAGGAAAAGUGGGUGCAAUUCUUGCCUCUAUACCACAGGCAUUGGCUGCUUCUGUACUUUGCUUCAUGUGGGCCCUUAUUGUGGCAUUGGGUCUAUCCACUUUGCAGUAUAGCCAAACAGCAAGUUUUAGAAACAUUACCAUAGUUGGUGUUGCAUUGUUCCUUGGGUUAUCCAUUCCGGCCUAUUUCCAACAGUAUCAACCUGAAUCCAGCUUGAUACUGCCAAGUUAUUUUGUUCCUUAUAUGGCAGCUUCAAGUGGACCAGUCCACACCGGCAGUGAACAACUCGAUUUUGCAUUAAAUGCAAUUUUGUCGUUGAACAUGGUGGUGACGCUUCUUGUGGCAUUUGUACUGGACAACACUGUCCCAGGGAGCCGGCAAGAAAGGGGGGUAUACAUAUGGUCAAGGGCUGAAGAAAUUGCAAACGACCCAUCACUUCUCUCAGACUAUGCUCUUCCAAGAAAAGUUGCCAGGUGCUUUUACUGGGCAAGAUGUUUGGGAGUGUGAUGAUUGGCAUCCAAUAACCUUAGCAACAGUCAACUAGUAGGAAAUUGCUCUCUGCCUGUAGACCUUACUAGAUUUUUCUUUGGGUUGGUGAAGCAGUGAUAAGGGCAGGUUUGGAAAGUGAGAUGAGAUGAGAUGAGAAUUUUGUGAAUAGUAAUAAGAUAGUUUAUGAACAGUAGUGAUAUAGUUUAAGUUGAUUAUUUUUUGGAUUUUGGGAAAGGAAGGAGAAAAAGUUGAAUAAAAAAUAUUAUAAAGUUAAAA